CUCACUGAAUAUUUUGUUGCUGUGGAUGUGAACAACAUGCUGCAACUUUAUGCCAGUAUGUUGCAUGAGAGACGAAUCAUUAUUACCUCUAGCAAACUAAGCACUUUAACUGCUUGUGUUCAUGCGUCAGCUGCAUUGUUAUAUCCAAUGUAUUGGCAACACAUUUACAUCCCAGUGCUUCCUCCACAUCUUCUGGACUACUGCUGUGCACCGAUGCCUUAUCUGAUUGGUGUCCACUUAAGCUUAAUAGAGAGAGUAAAAAAUAGAUCACUGGAGGAUGUGGUUUUGCUAAAUGUUGACACAAACACUCUAGAAACCCCUUUUAAUGACCUGAACAACCUACCUGGUGAAGUGGUCUCGGCCUUGAAAAAUAAACUGAAAAAGCAGUCUACAGCUACGGGUGAUGGAGUAGCCAAGGCCUUUCUUCGGGCACAAGCAGCACUGUUUGGAUCCUACAGAGAUGCACUAAGAUACAAACCAGGAGAGCCUGUAACUUUCUGUGAGAAUAGCUUUGUGAAGCAUCGUUCCAGUACUACUAAGCAGUUCCUGGAAACUGCUGUUAAUCUUCAACUGUUUAAACAGUUUAUUGAUGGUCGGCUAUCAAAAUUAAAUGCAGGAAGAGGAUUCUCCGAUGUUUUUGAAGAAGAAAUCACAGCAGGAGGCUUUUGUGGAG